UAUACAACACCUACACGGCAAAUUGUAGCGACGGGGAAAUCAAACAUGGGCUGUUCAUGAGUUCUGACACUGUUAUUCCGGCAAUCUACCUACUUCAGACUUUUUGUUAACUCCCUAUUCCUCCUUGCACUGAUAUCUUCCUGGCCAGCCUGUCCCAACCUACCGCCAUUUGGAUCCAAUUGCGAGGUCUCCCAGGCGUGACGCUGGGGAAAGCAAGAGUAAUUUUCCCGUAUGCAGGACCAACGGGGAGAACGACGUCCGAGAGGCAAAUACUCUCGCUUGAUCUGUCGUGGUUGCAGGUCAAGAAAAAUAAAAUGCAUACUACCAAACCCAAGUGAGAUAACACCUUCAGCUAUUCCGCAAGCCGCAGGAAAAUCCUGCGAACGAUGCUGCAAUCUUAAUUUGGAGUGCAUCGUCGAGCGAACCUCUCUCGGACGCCCGGCAGCAAAGCGUAUUCCGCGCACAGAUUCUCAUUCUUCUCGCUAUGGUUCAGCCCUCCACACAGAGGCUGAAGUUGAGUCUGAUGGGGCUGUACGUGUUACGGGCACUACAAGUACCCCUUCCAACCUAGAGGUUAAAGGGUAUCUCUACUCAGAGGAUAUAGCGGACGACAUCUUAAUCAUGCAGAAUGAUUGCGGGUUUAGUCCAUCCGAAUUACAUGUUACUAUGAGUAGCAAACAAGAGAUUUUCCAAUCGAUGAUUGAGCCUGAUUGUUUCCUCUCUUCAGUAUUGGCUAACGACAAAAUAUUCGGCUCAGCCAUUCCCCAUUCGACCUCGCCCCGGGACGCCCGGCGCCUCCUAGAUCUCAUAAGUCACGAUAUGGCCUCAUCACUUGAUGCUUGUUUGGUUUGGCAUCGAUUCUUUCUCCCACAAACACCAACACUGGUGAGCAUACGGAAUCGAUUAAGUUCAGAUGAGUGUGCAUCUUCUAAUUGUGCGACGAAUCUACUCUUCGCAUUGCUCUGUUUGAUUGCUUUCGAGUCACCAGAGACUCCGUUCGGGCAGAAACAUCACCACCUAAAGCGGAGUAUCCAGCUCACUGUGUCAAGCUACGGGCAAGAAUUUAUCUUCUCUCCACCCACUCACCGUGAUUCGGUUGUGGUCAGCCUUUUACUGUCUGACUACAGGCCCGCGGCUAUAGUUAGCUCUCCGAAUGUCGCACAUAAAGCAGUAAAAUCCGGACUGUACGUGAAUAUUGCAUACAGGAUUGCAGAGAAACUGGAAUUGUUGCCCACACAAGCCACUUUAAAUCCAGGCGAACUGAAAGCUGUGGAAUUUUUCGGCUCAGAGUUUUGUCUUACAGACGUCCUGCAAGGAUUGCAGGUAUUCUGUUAUGAUGCCCUGCUAGAUGGCUUCAUUACAAAACCGCUCCGGUUUAUGAGGAAAGUGGUCAGCUGUAUCAAGCCUCAUAUGGAAGUUUACCAAAACGUAUUGAAACAUCGCUCAUACCCACCAUGGAUCAUAUACCAUAUCCAAAACACGGUGGCAACCAAUAUCAUGCUGGAAGCUCUGGUAGAUAUGAAACAAAGCUGGAGCAGUCUAGAGAGCCUCUCUAUCAUUACAGAAGACUGCGAAAGGAAGUGCCUAGAACAAGUAGAGCACACCGAUUGUUUGCUUGCACGCUUGUCCAGCCCCGGGAACCAGAACGAGCUAUUGGUCGUCCGCUCCCUACUUGAAAUUCGAUUUCACUCCGUUUACACUGCUAUCUAUGGCGCCGGACUGUUUUACGCCACUGUGCUGCGAGCGAGGCUUCAAGAAAGUGGUAGAGUCGGAACUGAUCCCGAAAUCAAUUGUCACGAAGCCGCCCAACUCGGUGCUCAGCUCAUCGACACAUGUAAAAAUAUAUCAAGUGAGAAAGUCCUGACCCUCUCAGCAUUUAUGGGCCGUUUUGGUGGACCCUACCCGGAAAAACUGGGAGCCAUCUUGGAAAUGUUCAUCGAAUGUGCAGAAAAGUUGGCACUGAAUAGAAUAGCCUUCUGCCCUCCACCACGACAGUUCGUCCUCGAGAUCGUCUUCCUCUGCAAAAAUAUAGUGGAAAAUAACGUCAUUCAAUUCAAGAGCUUUGGCAGGCUGCAUAAGGAUUUUGAGAGACAGCUCGGGUUGUUUGAAAAAUGUGCACGCCGUAUCGAGUCCAUGGUGGUCUCUGACUGGAACUCGAUUGACGCUGCCUUUGCAGGUGGCUGUGUAUAUGCUGCGAGCAGCAAAAUCAUCCAUGGACUUUGUGAGGUUAUGGAAAAUUUGAAGAUAAGAGUUUCAAAGGAAACAAGUGGAACGGAGAAACCCAGCAUGCUCGAAGUGCCUACGGAUCUUAGUGGAUUGGACGUCGAAGUUCCCUCUGGCGGAUGGGACGUAUGGCCUGAGGUAGGAGGAUUUGAAAAUUUUGGAACUUUACAAGGACAAUUUGACUGGUCCUUUAUCCAGAGCUCUCUUCUGGAGUUUGAAUCGACAAAUACAUCAUUUGGUGAUAGAAUUGAAUGAGAGCAAAAUCCAACCUAUCGGACAUAGCAUGCCAGAACCGCCAUGGAGCAGAACUGGUCGGAUGAUAACCGCCGUCUCGGCGUUACUGUCUGGCAACGUAAUAUCAGGUCUGUUCUAGGCUAAAUUACAAAUCAAAAUUACCAUUGGCAAAGUGGAACGAAUGUUGUGUCUCAUCCAGAAACACCUGCAGUCCAGAGACAAAACUCCAACGUCGAAUAAAACAUAUGAUAAACGAAAAGAAGGAGGGGGGGGGGGGACGAAACAGAGCGGCUCCCCUUUCCACUACAAGUCCACGCGGGAUAUCUUAAACCCUCCUGGGAAUCUUCUCUGGAACACACCAAGGGGGUCAUACUUCGCAGCCACACGCCUUAUAUGAUCCACGUUCUCCUUGCCAUAGCUCCCAAGAGGAUCCUGCGACGGGUCUGCAUAGUUCAUGUAGAUCAGUCUGUUAUCCCCACACAGCGAAAUCGAAAACUCUUUGAGCUCCGCAACCAUGGCACUCAUCCGGGUUCGUGCGAUGGCAAGCGCCUGCUUGUCACUUUUCACCGCCACACCGCCGGUCCAAAGGACGGCGUUGUGUUCUUGAGAAUCGACCCCGAGCAUGUUACCACCCCUUUGCUUACUGAUAUCGCCGAAGAACGAAGGCUCGGGCUGGAAGAAAACCAGUGACACGAAAUUGUCUGGCCCAAUGGCGUGAUUCAUGUCUUUGACAUAUUUCUCAUUUAGCUUCACGGCGUGGGCUAAGAUUCGUUUAUCAUUCUUAAACGUCAACGUUGCGCCAAAAUUCCUAUAGAUAGCAAGAGGGGGCCUAGUGUUAGCAAUUGUCCUGAAUUUUUUAUAAUGGAAGCGAGUGACAGACCAUGUUCCGGAGGAGAGCUGUGAGUCUUCAGCAGCGUCUGCGAGACUUAGAGAUCUCGUCUCAUCAGGAAUAAGGGACGGAAUCUGGUUCAGCUUUUUGAAGCCUGUACUGUUGUGAAUUCCCUCAGUGUUGACAUGUAUCGCAGCGGCCACGACAUCCAUUGGGAGAGCUGACGUAUUAUGCAUGAGAAACGCAACUAGUGCGUCCGUAUCGAAUUCUUCAUAAUGGUCGGUGAAGUGAACAAUCGCAUCCACCAGCUCUGAGGAGUACUCCACGCUCAUGAAGCGGGUUCCAUACGCAAUGUCCUUCGCGGGUAAAGCCUCCAUAUCAAAGCGGGUGACGAUCCCGAAGUUACUCCCGCCGCCCUUCAGCGCUCGCCAUAAAUCGACAUUCUCCUCCCUGUUCGCGUUUACGAUGGUGCCAUUGGUCAAAACAACCUCGAAGUUCCUGACAGAGUCACAGGCAAACGCUUCACGGCCCAUAUAGUACGACGAGCCCCCUCCCAACAGAAACCCGCCCACGCCAACGUCCCCAUCACGGCCGCUAGGCACUACCACCCCAUACUUGAGCAGUUCAGCCAAGACAUCCUUCCAUCUACCGCCAGGACCAAUGCUGGCAAGAUUUGUUCGUUUGUCGUAGGUGGCCUGGUUCAGCAUCCCCAAGUCGAUAGUCACUCCGUUAUCAAUAUUGUUCGAGUGCCUGGGGCCGUGUCCCCCUGCACGGACGGCAACAUGCCAGUCUCCAGCACCAUCUCCAGCCCCGGCCCCGAGCAAGGCGGUCAUGAUUGUGGAUACUUCCGCCGCAUCACGCGGCUGCACGAGGCACCAGGGCCGCUGUCGGGUGUCUAGAGACCACCAGCUUGCAAUACGUGGUUCGUAUUCCGCGUCUGUGGCCAAAAGCAGUCGGCUGCCCAGACCUGCCCGGAUAAGCGCAUCGCACUGUCCUGAAUUAGUUCAUUUUCAUUCUUGAAGACAAGAUGGGGAUAUGCAUAUAUGUACAGUAAUUGUGAUCACGGAAGGGUAUGCGAGCGAUAAGAAUUGACGGGUGACUUACAGGAGGGAAACCUGUCGCUGCUUCAUUCCCAGCAGUCGCACCAUCUGCUGCAGCCGCAUAUCUAUGCAACAGCAGAAAUGCUGCAAUUGUCAACGGCGCUAGAUACAUUUUGGAAAAUAGUAGUAGACCACAGAAAUAGGGAGAGCUAUCCAAAAAGCGAAAAGAAGCCUCUUUUUGUAAAACUUUGCUGACCGACCUAGAAAAGAAAAUCUCUCCCAACAGCUGAACCUUCAAAGGAAAGAAUGGAUAUAAUAAUAAUAGCCUACGACAAACUAUAGUCCUCAUCCUGAUUAUAUAUAGUUUUUUUUUUUUUUUUU